CGGGCUCAGCUUGCAUGCUUACCGUGUGGUAGUUUCUCCAAAUUAUCAGAAAAAUUAAAACUACAGCACAACGCUGUAGUCCUACAUAAAUACAUGUCGCCUCACGAAUAAGUCAAUAAGUGAACAAAACUAUGGCCUGCACUCAGCUAUUUGAAUAUACAGAGAAGCAAAGAACAUAAAUAAGGACUGAUGGAGAUGGAGAUGGAGGUGGAGGUGGAGGUGGAGAGUUUGGAGCGGGAGCUGGAGGAGGAGUUGGGCGUGUCGCUGGACGAGCUCAAGCAGUGGAUCGAGGAGCAGGUGGAGAAGAGUGAAGUGGUGCAACAGAGGAAAGCCCAGCUGGCUGAACUCUCCACCUGGGUCGAACAGAGGGAGAGAGAGGUGGCUUCCGUGGAUAGCCUUUGCCUCAAUGCUUCAGAGUCUGUUGAAGAAUGUGAGGAGCUGGUGAAACAGGUGUACAUCAAGAAGGGCCUGACGUACCGGGAGAGCAGUUCAGAGGACGAGGGAGGGAGUGUGGUUGAGACGUCGGAGGUCAUUGAGAUCGAUGAUGACGACGAUGAUGACGUGAUAGCCGUGGGUUGUUUGGUCCCACCAAAGACAAUCACUACGCCAGUGAAGGACCCCGUGCUGAAGGAGGCGUCUGCAGCGCUCCAGCGCAGCUCGCAGCAAGUACAGAAGCUCGCUCAGACCGUCACCAGCCCUACUGCCCCCUCAUCUGCCGUCGGUCUCAGCCCCCCCAAACCCCCCAUGGUCACCCCGCUCCGCUCGGGGGGGCUCAACGUCCCGGCCGUGUUUGUCUCGCAGGCGCCCCGCAACACCCCCACCCAGCCCAACCUCUCCCUCAAGGAGGACACCAUGAAGGUGGACAUGAGCAUUCUGGGUAAAAAACGCACCAAGACCUGGCACAAAGGCACCCUCAUCGCCAUCAAAUCUGUGGGUAACACGUUUAAGUACAAGGUGAAGUUUGAGAACAAGGGGAAGAGUUUACUAUCUGGCAACCACGUUGCGUUCGACUACAACCCCACCCUUGAGCGACUGUAUGUGGGCGCCCGUGUCGUCGCCAAGUAUAAGGACGGUAACCAAGUGUGGCUGUACGCUGGCGUCGUCGCAGAGAUGCCCAACAGCAAGAACCGUAUGAGGUUCCUGAUCUUUUUUGAUGAUGGAUAUGCCUCAUAUGUCAGCCUGCCAGAACUCUACCCAGUCUGCAGACCAAUGAAGUACACAUGGGAGGACAUAGAGGACGCGUCCUGCAAGGACUUCAUUCAGGAGUACAUCACGUCCUACCCCAACCGGCCCAUGGUGCUUCUCAAGCCCAGCCAGCUCAUCAAGACCGAGUGGGAGGGCACCUGGUGGCGGAGCCGCGUGGAGGAGGUGGACGGCAGCCUCGUCAAGAUCCUCUUCCUGGAUGAUAAACGCAGUGAGUGGAUCUACCGCGGUUCUACACGUCUAGAACCCAUGUUCAACCUGAAGAUGAACACUGCUAACAACCAGGAGAAAAAGGUGGCUGGACAGCCAAGGACUCGUCCAAAUAUGGGAGCCUUGAGGAGUAAAGGGCCUGUGGUCCAGUACACCAGUGAGUUCAGGACCGCGCCCCAGACCAUGGGCCCUCGACCCCUCGCCACCCAGCCAGCCGCCCCAAAACCUGUUCCUGUUCCUCUUCCUGUUCCUCUUUCUCUUCCUGUUCCUCAUCCUGUCCCUGUUCCGGUCCCCGUCUCCGUCCCUGUCCCUGUCCUCGCCCCUGUCCCCCCUGCGCAGACUCUCCGCUCAGAGAGUCCAGACAGUCGGUUCAAAUUCCAGUUGGCUAAAAAAAGCACCACUCCAUACAUCCCCCAGCGCCCAGGGUUGCUCCCCGGCCAUCAGGCUUCUGUGAAGACGGUCGUGCCCAUUCUUAACCAGGGCACCCAGUCCAGGUAUUUCCUGGUUCAGGCGGGUGCGGUGCAGACCUUGACGACGGUUGUCCCUCCCCAACAGCCGUCCUUCCCGACACCUGCCUUACCCAAGGACCGGAUCCCCCAGGAGCCGUCCUACCAAGCGCCCAACGACCGCCUCUUCUACCUGUCGCACAACUGCUCGCCCGACUGCCUGAAGCGGAUCCGACCGGCCAAACAUGAUCAGUACUGCGGACGCAACCCGCUGCUCACACCCCUGCUCUACGAGUUUCGCCGCAUGACCGGACGCCGGCGGCUCAACCGCAAGAUGUCGUUCCACGUCAUCUACAAGGCCCCGUGUGGGCUGUGCCUGCGCAACAUGGCGGAGAUCGAGCGCUACCUGUUCCAGACGCACUGCGACUUCAUCUACCUGGAGAUGUUCUGCCUGGACCCGUACGUGCUGGUGGACCGGCGCUUCCAGCCGCAGCGGCCCUUCUACUUCAUCCGCGACAUCACCAACAGCAACGAGGACAUCCCGCUCUCCUGCGUCAACGAGAUCGACAACAAGCCGCCUCCCGACGUGAUUUACAGCAAGGAGCGCCUCCCCGCCGACGGUGUCUUCAUCAACACCAACCCCGAAUUCCUGGUGGGCUGCGACUGCACCGACGGCUGCAGGGACAAGUCUAAGUGCUCGUGUCACCAGCUGACCAUGCAGGCUACUGGCUGUACUCCUGGAGCACAGAUCAACGGCAGCGCCGGCUACGUCAACAAACGGCUGGAGGAGUGUCUGCCCACAGGGAUAUACGAGUGCAACAAGCGCUGCCGCUGUAACCAUCAGAUGUGCACUAACAGGCUGGUGCAGCACGGUCUGCAAGUUCGCCUUCAGCUCUUCAAGACCCAGAACAAGGGCUGGGGCAUCCGUUGCCUCGACGACGUUGCCAAGGGCUCCUUUGUCUGUAUCUAUGCAGGCAAGAUCCUGACUGAUGACUUUGCUGAUAAGGAGGGCCUGGAGAUGGGCGAUGAGUACUUUGCCAACCUGGACCACAUCGAGAGUGUGGAGAACUUCAAGGAGGGCUACGAGAGCGAGGCGCACUGCUCCGACAGCGAGGGCAGCGGAGUGGACAUGAGCCGUGUCAAACUCAGCGCCACCCCCACCCUCCAGACCAAAGCCUCCGUCAAGAACGAGGACAACAGCAGUAGCGGCAACGGCGGCAAAGGCCAAGCUGAUUCCUCAGGAGAGGGAGAGGAUGACGAUAACGAGGAGUCUAACGAGGAUGAUGAUGACAGCUCAGACGACACGUUUGUGAAGGACACAUACUUUACAUCCAGCUCUGUGUGGAGAAGCUACACCACGCGCAGACAGGCCAAGGGCAUGAAGGAAGGGAGCCAGGACAGUAAGGAUGGCAUGAGCAUGUCCACGGAGGGCAAGGAGGAGAGGAAGCCGCCGCCCAUGCCGGAGGAGAGCGGGAAGAGUAAAGUGGCCUCGUGGCUCAGCUCCUCGCCCGCCACUGUCACGGUCAAAACAGAGGGCCUGAAGACUGAGAAGAAGGAGCCAGUGGAAGCCAAGAUAACUGUGAAAACUGAGGGUGGGAAAAAGCCAGCUGGAAACACGGAUGUGAUGAGCCUCUCUGACAGUGACGAUGUUCAGACCAUCAGCUCAGGCUCAGAUGACAACAAGGAGCGUGAGAAGAAGACUCAGGCAUUGGUAAAGAGACAGGUAGCGGUAAAGUCUACGCGGGGCUUCGCUCUGAAGACCUCCCAUGGUAUGAUGGUGAAGACGGGGCCGGUGAAACCCCAGGUGGAAGGGCCAGCGACGGGGACGGGGCCCACCGCCCCCCCGCAGAACACAGGUGGGGGAGGAGGGGGUGACGCGGUCUCCAAGUCCACACGACAGUUUUUCGAUGGAGAGGAGUCCUGUUACAUCAUCGACGCCAAAUUGGAGGGCAACCUCGGACGCUACCUCAAUCACAGCUGCAGUCCUAAUCUCUUUGUCCAGAACGUGUUUGUGGACACUCAUGACCUGCGCUUCCCUUGGGUAGCCUUCUUUGCCAGCAAGCGUAUCCGGGCGGGCACAGAGCUGACGUGGGAUUAUAACUACGAGGUUGGCAGCGUGGAGGGCAAGGAGCUGCUGUGCUGCUGCGGCUCCACAGAGUGCAGAGGGCGCCUGCUGUAGCUGUCGCUGUGGCAACGCCACCACUCCCAUGGCAACGGUGACCUGGAGGGAAAGGAGCGCUGAACGAGUGCAGAAGCAUCCUGGCUGUGGAACAGCAGAGAAAUGAGGAUACAAUCACUCUUUCUCUCUCUCUCACACUCACACUCACACACACACACACACACACACACACACACACACACACACACACACACACACACACACACACACACACACACACACACACACACACACACAGACACAAGAGUAAAAACUGAUGGAGUUGACCCAGAGAGCUACUCAGUCUGGGAUGGCUCUGGUGUGAAUCAUGGCCCAGGUCUGUUGCAGAGUGGCCUAGAAGAGGGGCGUAAUGACACUAAACUCCAAGGGGACCGGGGAGGACUCUGGGUCUCUAGAGACGGCGUCACAUGGGGGAGUGGAGGACCCUUAGGCUGGACACCACAUCUCAUAUUUGUUACAGGACAAAAGUCCCAUCAUGCAUUUCACCUGCCCUGUGUAGCAGGCUGUACAGUAGGUUGCCUUACUACUGUAUUCAUGGCACCGAGUGGUGUGGCCUACAUCUCUCUCUUAGCCACUUCACAUCGCUACAUCUUUUCUAUCUCAUCAUCUAUCGCUCUCUGACCAUCUUAUCUUAUCUCGCAUCUUAUGUAUCUUGCUUCUAUUCUUUCCGCCCCCCCCUCUCUCCUCUGUUUAUUAUUCGUUUUGUUUUCAGAUGCAUAUUUGUAUUCAUUGUUUUGUUGUUUAUAAAUGCCCAGGUGUGUCAUUAUGUACUUUUGUCUCGAUUAAAGUUCUACGUUUAAGGACCAAAAA